AUGAAAAGUAAAAUGAAAAAAACAAAGGGAGGCUUUCAAUAUUUUUUUUUUUUUCAUUUUUUUUUUUUUUCAAAACCAACAACAAAAAAAGAUAGGAUACAUAGCCACCAACAAUAUACAAAUAAUGAAAUCGAUUUAUAUGUAAAUAAAAAUGGAAAUGAUACAAGUGGAGAUGGUACAAUAAAUUCACCAUUUUUCAGUAUAUGUAAAAUAAUAAAUGUAAUAAAUCAAACAAUAUCCUCUUCUUCUUUUUCUUCUUUUUCUUCUUCUUCUUCUUCUUCAUCAUCAUCAUCAUCAUACCAAUCGAUAAUUGUUAAUAUUGGUAUUGGUAAUUAUUCAUGCUUGGGAUGCCCAAUUUAUCAAUUAAAUAAUUUUAAUGAAAUUAUAUUUCAACAAUAUUAUUUUAAUAAUAAAAAUAAUAAUAAUAAUAAUAAUAAUAAUAAUAAUAAUAAUAAUAAUAAUAAUAAUAAUAAAGAAGUUAUAAUUUUAGAUUUAAAUUUAAUAGUAUUAAAUUCAAAAAUUAUAAUUAACGGUAUUCAAUUUUUAUAUGAAAAUAAUAAAGAAGAAAAGAUUAAUUUUUUAAUUAAAGAUGAAUCAGAAUUUAUAAUGAAUAAUUCAAAUAUUUUUAUAAAAUCACAUUAUUUAUCGUUUUAUUUUCAAAAUAAUUCAAAAUUAAUUAUUUUUAAUGAAUCAAAAUUUCAACAAAGUGAAUCUCUUCAAAGUGAUUUAUAUUUUGAAAGUUCAAUAAUAAUAGUUAAUAAUUCAAUAUUAGAUAAUCAUUUAUUUUUAUUUAGUAAUGAUCAAUAUAUUAAAACAAUUCAAUUUUUAAUUAGUGAUUCAACAUUUUAUAAUUCACAUAUUUAUAUAACUGGUAAUUCAAAAGUUAAUUUUUUAAAUUCAAAUUUUAGUGGUACAAUUGAUUUAUCAUUAUUUGGUUAUAAUUCAAUUAAUAAUUAUAAUAAUAAUAAUAAUAAAGAUUCAAAUAAUAAUAAUGAAUUUAAUAUAAUUAAUUGUAAUUUAAAAUUUAAAAGAAUUAUUGGAAAUAUUGAUGGUAAAAAUAUAUUUCAAAUUGGAGGUGAAAUUGAAAAAGAAGAACAAUUUAUUGAUCAAGCGAUAAUUGGAAAUGAAAAUUCAAUGAUUAUAUUAGAUAAUGUUGGAUUUAGUGGAUUCAAUGUUUAUGGAUCAUUUUUAAUAUUAAAUCAAAGUAAAUUAAUAAUGAAUCAAAUAUCAGGUAUUGAUAUUAAAGCCAAAUCAUUCAUUAGAGUUUAUUCAAAUAGUGUUUUAGAAUUAAAUUCAAUACAUUUAUUAAAUUUUCAAGAUUUUGAAUUUAUAGGUGAAGGAAUUGAAAAGAAUUUUGCAUUAAUUGAUAUUAGAUCAUCAUGUAAUCUAACCAUUUCAAAUGUUAAUUUUCAUUUUAAUGGUUUUCCAAUUUUAAUGAAUAAUGGUGGUGGUGAAUUUAAUAAUAAUAAUAAUAAUAAUAAUAAUAAUAAUAAUAAUAAUAAUAAUAAUAAUGAUCAAAGUAUAAUUAAUGUUUUAAAUUCAACAUUUUCAAAUAUUCAAGGAUUUAAAUUUCAUAAUUCAUUAGUUUGGUUUAGUGAUGUUUCAAUUGAAUCAAUUAAUAAUGUUGAAAAUUUAAUUAAAUUAUUACAGGGUACAAAUUUUCAAUGUAAAAAUUGUUUAUUUAAAAAUCCAAUACAAAGUAGUAAUAUUUAUUUAUUUUCAGUAUCAUCAGAAUCAAUAGUAAAGUUAACAAAUUCAAUAAUUAGAAAUUCAUCAUUAAUUGCAUUAAUUGAUGAGAAAUCAAAUGUAACAUUUGAAAAUUGUACAUUUUUAAAUCUUUAUUCAGCAAAAGGUGAAAUUUUUAAAUGUUUAUCAAGUUCAUCAUUAACAUUUGAAAAUUGUAAUUUUAAUCAAGUUUAUUGUAUAACAAAUGGAUUUAUAUUAAUUUCAAAUUAUUCAAUAAUUAAUAUUUAUUCAUCACAGCAACAACAAGGAGUGUUUAAUAAUGAAUUUAAAAAUUUUGGUAUUGGUAUGGAACCAUUUGCAAAACUAAUAAAUAAUAGUAUUGGUACUAUUAAUGGUAUUAAUAUGAGUACUACAGUAUUUCAAUCACAAUUGUUUUUAAUUGAUGGUGAAUCACAAAUUGAGAUUAAUAAUUCAAAAUUUAAAGGAUUAUUUAAUUUUGGUGAAAUGUUUACAGUGAAUGGUAGAUCAACUUUAAAAUUUAAAGGUUGUUCAUUUAUUAGUAAUAGAUUUUCAAUAUUUAUUUAUUCCACUCAAUCAAAUGUAUUUAUUAAUGGUAUUGAAUAUUUGGAUAAUUUGGGUACAUUAAUUUCAAGUGAUAGAGAUUAUAUUGAAUUGAAUUCAAUUUUAAUUGAUAGUGAAAAUAAAUCAAUUUAUUUUAAUUAUUUAUUUUAUUUUUUUAAAUCAAAUAUUGGAAUUAGUAAUGUAACCAUUUCAAAUAAUUAUUUUAUGGGUAGUAUUUUAGAAUCCUAUGAUAGUACUAUCAAUUUUUUUGAUUUUAAUUUCAUUUCAAAUGAAAAUUUAUUAAAUUUAAAUGAAAAGAAUAAUGUUAGAGUUUCAUCGACAAUGUUAUUUAAAUCAUCAUUUAUUACAUUUAGAAAUUGUGAAAUUUCAUUCAAUAUUCAAAAUAGUGGUGAUUUUUUAACAGUGAUCGAUAGUGGUGUCACUAAAUUUAUAUCAACAAAUAUAACAAAUAAUCGAAUUGAAAUCAAUGGUGGUUAUUUAGUUAGAGUUAGUGAUGGACCGAUGGUUAGUUUUAUUAAUAGUUUAAUUAGUUCAACCAAUUCAAUAACGGGUUUAAUUGGUUUAUUUAUCAAUUCAAUGGUAUCAUUUGAUAGUAGUAUUUUUAUAAAUAAUUCAAAUUCUUAUCUUGGUGGUGUAACAUAUUUCGAUAGAAGUUCAAGAUAUUAUGAAUUAACAAGAUGUUCAUUUCAAUUGAAUUCAGCUUCAGUUGGUGGUGUAUUUUAUACUGAAAAUUUUAUUUUUAAUUUUUAUCAAAUUUUAAAAAAUAAUAAAUUUUAUCCAUAUAAUAAUUUCACUUUAAAUAAAGCAAUCUAUGGUGAUUUUGUUGCAUCAUCACCAACUCUAAUUAAAAUUGAAUUACCAGAUUUAAAUUCAAGUUUAACAAAACCAACAAUUAAAAUUCAAGAUGAUUAUUUAAAUUUAGUUUCUGAUAAAAUUUAUUUUGCAAAUAUUAUAAUUACAACUGUUUAUUUUAAUAAUUCAAAUUCAAAUGAAGAAGCACAACAACAACAACAACAACAAAAUAAAACAAAAUAUGAACAAAUUUUAAUUAAAGGUGGUUUAGGUACAUUUAAUUAUAAUUUUAAUGCACCAAUAAGUGUUAAAUAUUUUGUAAUUAAUGUAACGAUUAUAGAUGAUGUAAAUGAAUUUCUUUCAAUUGAAAUUAUAAAAAAUAAAACUAUUUGUAAAGAUUAUCAAUUAUAUAAUAGUGAAAAUGGUGAAUGUACAACAUGUCAAGUUGGAUUUUAUAAUUAUCAAGGUUCAUGUAUAGCUUGUAAUGAAAAUUUAAUUUGUAUGGAAGGUGAUAUUCAUUCAAUUGAUGGUUAUUAUUUAAUUAAUAAAAUUAAUUUUAAUGAUAAUCAAACAAAUGAAAUUCAUUAUCAAGAUAGUAGUGAUGAUGAUAGUAGUGGUGAUAAUGGUAUUGGAAAAUUAAAAGUUUAUGAAUGUCCAAUUGGAAUUUGUUUUGAAAAUAAUAAAUGUCCAAAUGAUUUAUAUUAUGGUAUACUAUGUUCAAGAUGUAUUAAUGAUACAGCGAUUUGGGAUAGAGAUAUUGAUAGUUCAUCAAAUGGAAAGAAUUUAAUUAGAUGUUGUAAAGAAUUUAAACCAAUUUUAUUAAUACCUUUUAUAAUAUUUUUAAUUUUAUUUGGACUUUUCAUUUCAUUAUUUAAAUAUAAUUUAACAACAUUAAUAAUACCAAUGAUUUUAAUGAUUCAAAUUAAUUCAAUAAUUUUCAUUUCAUAUCCUGCUAUUUACAUAUUACCAUUAUCAAGAUUCUCAUUCGACUUUUUUAAUGAUAUUUGUAGUUUUAGAAUGGAAUAUAUUUGGAAAUCAUUUUUAUCAAUGAUAUCAAUGGUAUUUGUAUUUUUAAUUGGUUGUUCAAAUUUAUCAUUUAUAACAUUAACUACAAUACCAUUUUUAAAAUCAUUUUCACAAAAAAGUAAUAUCAUUAAAAAUAAUAUCGAAUUUCAUUAUAAAUAUUAUUAUGAUAAUUUUAAUUUUAAAAGAAAUUUAAAAUCAAAAUUUAAUAUAAUCAUUUUAUUAUUUCAACCAUUUUUAUUCAAUUUAAUUUCAAUGAUAAUUUCAAAAGAAAUUAAUUCAAUUAAUUAUUUAUUAAUUGAUAUUUCAAUUUUAUUUAAAAAAUCAUCAUCACAUUACUUUUUUUUUUAUCAAUUGAAUAUAAAGAUCAAUUUAAAUGUAUUAUCAACUAUUCAAUUCAUUUUCUCUUAUUUACAAUUUGUAAUUUAUCCACAAAAGAAAUCUUUUAAUUAUAAAUUAAAUAAUUUAUUAAAUUUAUUACAAUUAAUAAUUUUAGUAACUGUAGAUUCAAAUAUUAUUAUUAAAAAUUUAUCACUUUAUAAUAUUGGUUUAUUUAUCACAAUCUUUACUUCAUUUUCUUUAAUUUUUUCUAUAAUUUAUUAUAAUUAUUUUUUAAAAAUUAAUAAAAAUAAUAAAAAUAAAAAAAAUUAA